AUGGAACUCACCUUUGUGACUGACCUCGGGCAGUCAUUCGUCAUUGAAAUCGACCCAGGGAUGGAGCUCGAGAACGUUAUGGCGCUGUUAGAGGCAGAGUCGGGAAUACCGGUGGCAGAACAAAGCAUUUCUUACAAUGGGAAGGAUCUUUCUGCACCCAAAUCGACGCUCCGUGAACUCGGGGUCACUGAAAACAACGCGAUGCUUCUUCUGAGACGCAAAAUUCCGAAUAUGGCUGGGACCGGGAGACCAGUCGAGCAGGACUCUGAAAUGAUGCGUCUCCAACUAUUAGGAGACCCCGACCUCAUGCGCCAACUCCGUGAAACGCAACCCGAGCUCGCGGCCGCUGUACAAUCUAACCCCGCUCGAUUCGCUGAGCUUCUGCGCCAAACACGGGAACGUCAAUCUGAGGCAGAACUCCAGCGCCAACGCGAGAUCCAACGACUUAACGCUGAUCCCUUUGAUGUUGAGGCACAACGCCGGAUAGAGGAAGCAAUCCGCCAGCAAGCGGUGAUGGAGAACAUGGAGCAUGCACUCGAGUACUCCCCAGAGAGUUUUGGACGAGUUACCAUGCUUUAUGUCAAUGUCGAAGUCAACGGGAAACCUGUGAAAGCGUUCGUCGACAGUGGAGCCCAACAAACCAUCAUGUCUCCCGAAUGUGCCGAGUCAUGUAACAUCAUGCGACUUCUCGACACUCGUUUCUCUGGCAUUGCUCGUGGUGUUGGAACCGCCAAAAUCCUUGGUCGGGUUCAUUCCGCCCAAUUCAAACUCGCCGACCUGCAUCUUCCAUGUUCCAUAACCAUCAUGGAAGGCCGGGAUGUCGACUUGUUGCUUGGCCUGGACAUGCUUAAGGCCCAUCAGGCUUGCAUCGACCUGGAAAAGAAUGUACUGCGUGUGCGCGGUCGCGAGGUCCGCUUUUUGUCAGAACACGAGCUGCCAGAGAAGGCGAAGGAGCUUUUCUCACCAGACGAAGCCCAAUCUUCUUCGGGUCCGUCAACAGGGAGUGUACCUGGCCGCGCCCCUUCCGCCCCAGCCUCAUUCCCCGGCGGUGGUAACACAAUUGGUUCGGCUCCACGCGCGAGCCAACCUAGUCGACCGCCGGCCCCCGCUGCCUCCCGACAUCCUGAAUCGAGUAUUCGCACAUUGAUGGACCUGGGGGCAACCCGAGAGGUUGCGAUCAGUAGUCUGGAUGCUGCAGGUGGUAACAUUGACGUGGCUGCGUCUUUACUCUUCUAG